ACGAAAAUCCCGAUACGACGCCAAGACGCCAUAACAGGUAUUUAGUAAUAUUUUUAAUUUCUGGUAAUAUUUGGUGUUGGCGCGUGAAAUGGAAAACGAAGUAGUGGAACAUACUAUCGACGACGAGUCCCAAGAUUCGGAGAUCAACGUGAUCCCCGUUCAACUAGUUGAACCCUACGAGAGUGUAAUUCUUUCAUCGCCUACGAAUAGUUCAAAUAUUUCUAGGGGAAAAUACUACAAACAAACUUAUCGCCCGGCAUGGGAGGAAAUGCCAGAUUUUAAAGGGUGGCUAAGAGGUGUCGAGGGCGAACCGACCAGGGCAUAUUGUAUUUACUGUCAGAAAACGUUGCAUGCUCAUCGUUUAAGUCUGUUGAAGCACACUUGCACUUUGAGGCAUCAAAAAGCAGCUCAGCUAUUCAACGUUCGAAAAAAUAAGGAUAAUUCCAAUAUGGAACAAGAAAUCCAUCAAGUCCUUCUUCAGGACACCAAGGACAUGAUAACUCAAGAAGACAUUGAAGGUGAAGGUGAGACAAUCGUGGAAUACGCUGAGACAACAAUGGAGGACGCUGACCAAGAGAAUGAGGAAAUUGAGGAUGAGGAAGAUGGUGAAGAGAGCGUGCAAUUCCGAAAGCAGUUUCAGACAAAUCAACUCUCUAUAUCAAAGCCGCCGAUUUCAACGCACGUAAUCGACACAACAAGGGGAUCCCCUGUUUCUGGACUUCAGGUCAGUUUGUACAAACUGAUUGAUGGUAGAUGGACGUACAUAAACGAAGGCGUGACGAACACGUCCGGUCGAUUUUCACAAUUUUUGGAUCGGUCGGAUUUCACACCCGGAAGAUACAAGUUGCAUUAUGAUGUGGACAGAUACUUUGAAUCCAGGAGGCAAGAGACCCUCUAUCCAUUUAUUGAAGUUGUUUUCGAUAGUGCUUUGUAUUCUGAUCACUACCACAUCCCAAUGUUAUUGAGUCCUUUUGGGUAUUCUACUUAUAAAGGUUCUUAGAUAGCAAUUAGUUAUGAUUUUUUCAAGAGAAAUGGUUAUUAUGAAACUCAAUUUGAGUACAGUACUCUUGAAUUAUUGCAGUAGCAAAUUCAAUGCUAACAUUAGUAUAUUUAUAAAUUAAGGACAUGUAGGAUAUGAAAUUACUAGAAUUUUAUAUCCUCUAUGAGUUAUUGACGUUUAAAAUUAAAUAUUUGUUACAUUGCUGAAUGAUUUCAUAUAAUUUAAUUGCUGUUUUUUAAUUUUAUUGUAAUUAAGGGUUUCCAUUGUAUUGUUAAUAAAUCAUUUUCAACUA